GUCGAGUCAGACGAGACGCGGGAAGACUGCGGUGGGCCGUUAUUCCUCUCUGAGAUAACAUUUAAAAUCUUUAUCUGUUCCUCAAAGAGUCACAGAAAGAGAGUUAACAUGUUUUAUUACCCGAAUGUCCUCCAGCGCCACACUGGAUGUUUUUCUACAGUAUGGUUUGCAGCAACCAGAGGAACCAGGGUCACCCGGAGAGAGCUUCUCAAAGUCAAUGUGAAGAGAACAUGUGGCGACAUUGUGGACUAUGUGACAGCCCAGGUGCCCGCAUUACAGCCCAACCUGCCGAGGCCUCGGUUCUCCCUCUACCUGUCCGCCCAGCUGCAUUAUGGAGUGGUGGUCGUGUACCACAGGCAGUGCAGCUUCCUGCUGGAGGAGGCUCAGCAGACCAUGGAGCGCCUGCUGCGCUCUAAAAGAUGCGUACGAAUCGACCUGCCCAAGUCUGACAGGCUGGCCUUGGAUCUGCCUGACAAUCUGUACAUGAUGGAGGAGGCAGAAGGAGCUCAGGACCCGUUCUUUGGUGUCAUGGAGUUAAACCAGCUGCCCAGCCCUUACAAGAUACAGCAGCCAAUGUUGAUGGUUGAAGAGGAAGCUUCACAGCACUCCCUGCUGUCCAGUCUACACAACACACCUGACAAAGAGGCAGGUUUCAGGUCACCUCCAGCUGCCAUCACCCUGACAGAGAAGGAGCAGCUGCACACCCCGACUGCUGAGUGUUUUGAGGGAGACGACCUUCCUGAGGUCACAGCCAGAGAGAUAGACCUGUUGUUGGAUCAACCAGACCAGUUUCGGGGAGACAUGGAGGGGAAGCAGGCGGAGGAGAGGGUCGGGGAUCUGGAAGGAGCCAUGUCCUCCAUCAAUCAGCUGAGGGAGACGGUGCUGGGAGCAGAGCGGGACAGUGUGUGGCUCCUGGAUGAGGACUCAGGUCAGCCUGUAGAGGUUCCUCUGGCAGCUGUUGCCAGGGAGAUGACCCCCCUGCAUGUCACUCUGCCGCCGCCCCCCUCCUGUGGGUCUGGGAGAGGCAGCGCAGCAGAGAGUCCCCGUGAGGAGGUCCUUCGUCCUCUCAAGAAGCCGGGCGGAGGUCGCAGGCGCCAGCUGGUCUUCGCUGACCCUGAGGUCCAGAUAUCUGACCAAGCCAUGCAGGAGCAGAUCUCAUACCCACAGGCGGAGACUGUAAACCUGGCCGAGGUGCUGCUGGACCUGCCCUCCCUGACCAAGCAUCCUGCUCAGCUCUUCACUGCCCCCUGUGGAUCCCUGCACCACACCGACCUCCAGACUCUGUGGAAGAAGUGUGCCACGCUGGCUACGUAUGAGGAACUCUGGAGAGAGGAGCGGGAGGAAGAGGAGGUGCAAGGAGGGUCAGAGCAGGACCGAGAAAUACUGAGAGCGGAGAGGAAGAGGAGGCAGUCCAGCAUGAAGGAGAUAUCCAGUGAGUCAGGACUGCAACCCGCUGAGGGCUCAUCUGUGUUAGACGUGAUCCUGAACAUGUCAAAGGAGGACAAAUCUGUGAGCGACAUCAUCACUCCUGUUGGCAGAUGGUCUCCACAGGAGGAGGCUCUGCUUCAAAUGGAGGCUAUCGAGGAGGAGAACAUCGAGAUGCCUGAGGCUGAGAAUGAUGCAGAGAGCAGGGACAUGCUGAGCUUCAUCUGCAGCUCUCUGCAGAGGUUUGGAGGAGUCACGUUCGUCUCUCUGGUGCCCCCUGAGGCCGACCGCACCACUGCAGCUCAGACCCUCUACAAACUGCUGGAGCUGCUGUCUGCAGGACACGUGACGGCUCGGCAGGCUGAGCCCUACAGUCCCAUCAACAUAAACCCUGCAGGGCUCAGGACCACCGCCUGAACACACACACACACACACACACACACACACACACACACACACACACUCCAGAUAUCAAACGUUCUACAUGAGCUGCUGUCAUCAGCAUUUAACGGUUUUUAAACAAAGACAUGAUUUUAAAUUUUUAACUCUGGUCUUAACUCUGGUUUUAACUCUGGUUUUAACUCUAGACUUAACUCUGGUUUUAACUCUGGUCUUAACUCUGGUUUUAACUCUGGUUUUAACUCUGGUCUUAACUCUGGUUUUAACUCUGGUUUUAACUCUAGACUUAACUCUGGUUUUAACUCUGGUCUUAACUCUGGUUUUAACUCUGGUUUUAACUCUGGUCUUAACUCUGGUUUUAACUCUGGUUUUAACUCUGGUCUUAACUCUGGUUUUAACUCUGGUCUUAACUCUGGUUUUAACUCUGGUUUUAACUCUGGUUUUAACUCUGGUUUUAACUCUGGUUUUAACUCUGGUCUUAACUCUGGUUUUAACUCUGGUCUUAACUCUGGUUUUAACUCUGGUUUUAACUCUGGUCUUAACUCUGGUUUUAACUCUGGUUUUAACUCUGGUUUUAACUCUGGUUUUAACUCUGGUUUUAACUCUGGUCUUAACUCUGGUUUUAACUCUGGUUUUAACUCUGGUUUUAACUCUGGUUUUAACUCUGGUUUUAACUGGUUCAUGCUGUCCUAUUUUUAGAUAUUUAAACCUCUGAGUUUCAUGUUUUAUAUGAACAUUGUUAUUGAAGAUGGCUGAGUUAGUGUGACCACACAGUUUGUGUUGUGAGUAGGAUCUUGAAUAUGUACUGAUUACUAAUGAAGCUUUUAAAACUGUUUAUAGAAGCUUUGUAUUCUUUUGAUAUGAACUGUUAUUUUUAAUAAAGGAUCCUCCAUCAGUGGAAGCAUGGCUGAA